ACUGAUCAGUAUCAAUUUGUCCUAGCUGUGUUCCACAUUUUUCGGAUCUAACUGAGGCCCUGUCUCAUCACAUAACAUAAAAAGAACGAUGAAACCUCACCUUCCUUGUUCAAUCAGCUCCUCUGGCCACGUUGGCAACAAACAUUCAUCUCAACAAAACUUUCUGGUGAGGUGAUUUCAUAUACCAUCUUGCAUUGGAGUUGCCGAUUGAUCUGCCUGUCUCAUCAGCAGUAACAUGCGCAGUGGUUGCGCGAACACGCAUAAACAACAAAUCAUCAGUUCCGCCAUCUGUGACACAGUUUGGACGGUCAUACUCCAGAUCGACGACUCUGCACCGGUCAUGGAAGUUCGCCAUAAACACGUCCGUGACAACCACAAGGCCGAAGGCUACCUACCGCCACCAAAGUCUUCUCUUGAGCUCUAUUUAAUUCCCUCCUUUGCUGCCUUCCCUUCCAUCCAUCUCCUGCCACAAAGAUGGCCAUUCCGAGAGCCAUAGUAGCAGUUGCAGUCAUGGCAGCCAUCGCUGGGCUUGCAAACGCCACGAACUUCGACGUCAGCUGGGAUCUCAGCACGAACUACACACGGUGGGUUUCCGACAAGACUUUUCGCGCCGGCGACACCUUAACGUUCAGCUACACGUCGAGCCACGACGUGGUAGAGGUCAGGAGCUCCUCCUACGCCACCUGCAACGCGACCAGUCCGGUGUCGAAGAGCGCCACGGGCAACACCCUCGUCGCUCUAGGCGCCCCCGGAAAGCGGUACUUCAUUUGUGGGAUCACCGGCCACUGCAGCAGGGGCAUGAAGAUCGAGAUCGACGUGGUAACCGCGAGCUCACCGCCUCCCGGAGCCUCUCCCUCGCCCAGCGUCUCUCCGGCUGCUCCGACACCGCCGGCUUCGUCCCCGCCCGCCCCUAGCACCGCGCCACCCAGCAGGACUCGCACGACGGCGAAGGUUGCUCUGGGAGUCGUGCUGAUGGUCUUGGCCCUCUGAUCACAGUUACUUUCUUUGAUUAAUUUCCUCUUGGAUAUUACUCUACAACUCGAUCAUGCUUUCAUUCCUGAGGCAUUACAUUGGGUAUUUGUGUUUCUUGCAAUCCCAGAGAAAUAAAGAAGCUUAUUUUCCCUUCA